AUGCGGGAAGACCCAACGCCGCCGGCCGACAGCAGCGGAGCAGCACUCGAAGAACAUGUGAAAUGGGCAGCGUUGGUGGUGGAUGCAAAGGCAAAGGAGCAUCCGUACGACUGUCUUGUGUGUGGAAGCAAGAAUGUCGCUCUUGACGUCAAGACUCAGCACGUGCGAUGCAGGAUGUGUGGAGUGUCUACGCGAAACGUAUAUGCCCAUCCGACGCCGAAUGAUCGAUUGCGAGAAAUGGAGAAAGUUGACGUGGACACAGCGACAGAAAUGCUGCGACAAAUCCUUGGGGUAUUUGAAGAUCCGCACUUCAAGCGACGGCUAGCUGACGCAAAAGGUCACCCUCGGUUCAUGGAUAUGGUGCUGCUACAUACAGCCGUUGCUGUAGAAGGUGUCCGGAGCAUUGUCACGAGAUUUGGGUUCGCGGACAGUCUCGAGGGCGUGAUGAAAGCCAUUCGGGCAAUUCAGGAAAACGCUGGAGACUGCAUCGAGAUUUUGGGUGGUUUGGAGCGUCUGCGAGUGCUAUUUUCACCGCGCAAUGAAUUUGAGCAAGUGGAGGCAUUGCAAAAACUGGACGAAGCUCGAGUCGUGGAAGAAGCUCGACUUCGUGAGCUACAGAGAGAAGCAGAAGUGAAAAUGCUCGAUGAUGCAGCCCACGAAAGACGUCGUUUUGCACUGAUGCGGGCCAAGAAAGCAGCUCGUGGCCUCGAUCCCAAUCAAACUUACAUUCCGUCGAUUCGCCGGCAUCCACCCCCGGAUAUAGUCUUAUUCCCGGGUCGAAGUGCGUUCAUGACAGUCGUGGCUGACCAAACGGACGGCUACACGUGGUGUUUUAAUGGUGUGGCGAUCCCAGAGAAUUCGCCUGGUUUGCGAGGGACCCGUUCAUGCUCAUUGAAGGUCCUAUUCUUCACCAAGGCAAUGUGUGGCUCGUACACUUGUCGAUGUAGCAACGACGACGGCAUGGUUGAGUCCGCUGCAUGCCGUGUGUCCACAGCAAAACUCACUCCAACGCUCAUGUACCGCCAUAGAGUCCCGCAUGUCGUGCAUGAUGUUGCAAGUCUUCCACAGUGUCUAUGCUUUCGAACAGUGCACGGUCCUGGUUUUGGCUCUACAACAACCAAGCGGCUCUUUCAACUCCCAGAGCACACUCUAUCAGAUGCUGCCACCGUCGCGAUGGCCACUUGGACUACAACUGAGGACGGGCGGUAUGGGAACUCCACGAUGCUAGGCCAGGCGACCUCAUUGCGACCCCUUUCCCAGUCUUCAUGGGUCUACUUCGGUUUGGCAACUGGCGUGCUGCGCGUGGACUCUGUCUCGAUUGUGAAUCCUGCUGUUGAUGCCGAACCAGUAAAGCUCAAAACUUCGCUGCCGAGGCAAGCCGCGCCACUGAAACCCGUUGCAGUAACGACGACCCAAUUGCGCAUGGCGACGUCCUUGACUGCCAUUCGGAAAGUCGCGUUCCUUGGACAAAAUGCAUGGCUCCUUCUCUCCGACAUGCACCACGCGAUCAUGGUCUACGCCGUUCGAAAGGACGGCACCGUGGUCGAGCUACCAACACACUCGUUGGUGUGUCCGCGUCGCAUUGCCACGAUCGCAACAAGCCCUAGUCUGCCAUACUUUUGCAUCACGUAUGGCUAUGUCACACCGGCCACAAUGGAGCUCGUUGCAGUUAGUAAAAGUCAAGGCUGUACACGACAGGACGUUCCUCUGACCCACAAGGCGACAUGUGCCGAGUUUGCGUGCUUUGGAAGCCAGGUAGCCGUGGGCGAGAAGCGAGUGCAGUACGGUGUCCUUCGUAUUUUGAAUGCUGAAACAAAACGCACCAACAUGCUCGUCGAAGACGCACACUUCGGUGGUAUUCAAUUCUUACGGUGGAUCCCUCAGCAACACAACUUUGUCUUCUCUGUUGGACACGAUCACACGAUGAAGCUGUGGGACACAACCAAGAAGGAAUGCGUCUUGGCAUUUCAGUUGCAUGCGACAGCCCCGUCCGAUAUACUCGUCACUUGCACUGCGGCCAUGGAGUGCACUAUCGUUGUGUCUACAUUCUCCAAACAAGUGGAAAAGUGGACCAUUGGAUCUCUCCAUCACCUGCUCCAGAGCGUCGGUAUCGAGCGCAGCUAUGCCAUAGUCCUCAUCCAGAAGCAUUGGAGAGGGGCCGUCACUCGCCGACGAAUGCUAUAUAGCCAGCCGCCUCCCGUCUCUGUGUUCAAUAUGUCGCAUGGACAUGCAGUUAAGUUCUCUAUUGGUCACCAAUGA